UUCUCUCUCUCACACACACAAACACAAACAGAAACGCAUACAUACAGAGUUGACAACUAGACACAAACACAGAAGCAUACAUGCAGAAACAAAAGUCACUUACUAUACUUUCAUAUACGUAAUCUCUCUGUCUCAAAACGAAUCCGUUUGUUAUGACAGCAACCUGAGAGUAACGCAGCUCACUUAAUCUCCUCAAUUACACACUUAGCUCUAUUGUCUCAUCUCAUUGUCGUUCAAAUUGGAUAGAUAUGGCGAAGAGAAGAGCCUUUUUACUGGUCAGCAUUCUCACCGCAUUUUUUGUCGUCUCUACAAGUUCCUAUUCACUAACCAGCACAGACCGUGAAAAUCUUAAUGAACAAAUAACAAUGGAGAAUCAAGCUAGCUUGUUUUAUCAGGCAUAUGGCCAUUUUUUCGAAAGCAGCAAAAUUGCACUCCGCGGUUUCGGCAAAUUUUUUAUGGAAAUGUCUCUUGAAGAGAAGGAACAUGCGGACAAACUGAUGACUUACAUGAACAAGCGACUGACUACACCGGAAGUGAGGAAUAUCCAGGUUGAUGCCAUUUGUAAACAUCUCUCCUACAAAUGUCUAUGUGCUAUUGUGAUGCCAGCAACAAUUUCUGGAUGUUCUGGGGUAAAGAUCCAUGCAGAAGAUGUCUCCUUGCUUGCUAUGGAAGAUGCCGUAGGCCUAGAAAAAGCUGUCUAUAAUUCCCUUCGAAAUAUUGUUGAUAUCAGUAUGGACCCACAGUUGCAACAUUUCCUUGAACAUGAAUAUUUGGAUGAACAAGUGGAAUCCAUCAAACAGCUGUCAGACUACGUUACCCAACUUUCAAGGUUCAAUCAAUCCUACGUGGGACAAUAUAUGAUGGAUAAUCGUUUCUUGAGUGGGAGUAAUUCAAACAUGCAAGACAAACAUUAAAUCAGUUAGCCUAAUUUUAUAUUUUAAUACUUCGCUGUUCUGAAGUGAUAAAUAAAGGCAACGAAUAUCCUCUUUAAUGAAAACUAGUGCGAUAGUAUUCAGCUCUUUUCCCCUAAACGCUUUCACUAUUAUCCAACCAGUAAGCAAUAGAGAUGAAAUCUUUUAGGUUGUUUUCGAUUAUUUUAUAGUAUAAUAUCGUGACAUGGUAAUAUAUUCAUUAUAUUUUAGCCUAUAUCUUAUUCUGUCUAACAAAAUAUAUUAUUCUAUCUUCGUUAUAUUAUAACCGUUUCAAAGGCGAUGAGCGGGCAAAAAUCGCUAGCACGUCAAACAAAAUACUUAUCGGUAUUUCUUCCGAAUGAAUCGACCCCAAUUCUUAUUUUUUUAAGGACUGGUACUUAUUUUAUCGGUGUCUUUUCCCAAACCGCUCAAUUACGGGCAUGUAAACACACCAACGUCGGUUAUCAAGCGAUGUGUUAGCUUUUCGACCAUCGUUUAUCAAGCGAUGGUGGGGAACAAACACACACACACACAUACACACGCACGCACACGCACACACACACACACACACACACACACACACACACACACGCAUGCACACACACACACAUACACACACACAAAAACACGCGACUGGCUUUUUAAAGUUUUUGUUUAUCAAAUCCAUUCACAAGGCGUUGGUCGGCCCGAUGCUUUAGUAGAAGAUUCUUCCCCGAGGUGCCACAUAGUGGGACUGAACCUAGAACCAUGUGAUUGGGAAGCAAGCUUCUUAUCACACAGCCACGCCUGCGCCUAUAAACAAACACCGCUAAGCAUUUUGUCCGAUGCUAUACUCAUCUUUAAAGAUGAAAGGUCCAGCAAUAUUUACUUCUAACAUAUAUUUCGGUGUGUUAGCUUUUCGAGCAUCGUAUGAAUUUAGGUUAAACAAGUGAAUAAAACACCUGAAGAUCAUCGGCAAUCAAACCGAACGAAGUGUAGUGUAAAUAUUUAAAAAAAUGUCAUAAAUCUUAAAUCUAAUGGAAGCAGGUUGCUAACCGUAGUUUAGAAAUAAAAAUACCUACUUCGAAUUCAACCUUAGGCGAUGUACUUAGCCAUGAAAUAAUAUGCUUGAAUCCGAUUGGAGAUCAAGCCAAUGGAAAGGGAGUGUAGUUAUGUAAAUAUUGAAAUUACCGGAAAGCAAAUACCGUAAAUCCUGGAGUAUAAUCCGCAUUUUUUCCCCAAAAUUUAACGGUCAAAAUCCCUAGUGCGUACUAUAUACGAGGUUAAAAAUGAAAAAUAUUUUCUAAGCAAUGUCCG